AUGCAGUCGCAGUGCCCUGCCAGCGCUCUCGGGGCCCUGGUGACCUUCUGGGUAGGUUUCAAUGCCUACGUCGUGAUCGGGCCCGCGCUGGCUCCUGAAGGCGCUGACUGGCCGCGGGACGACCCUGGACACGAGCUGGAGGACAGCUCGGCGUCGGCGACGGUGACGGGGACCACCGCGGCCAGCCCAGCGCCCGAUUUCCAUUGCCCGGCGCCGCUGGCGCCAGAGGAGGCCAGCCCGCAGCCGCUGCGGGUGGCCAGGGAGGGGCUCGCGGCCGCUGUCGAGCUGCCCGUGGCGUUGGUCGGCGCCAGUGCAGCGGCAGCGGCGGCGGUGGCCUGUGGCGCCGGCUGUGAGCUAGCCUCGCGGCGGAGCUCGGCCAAGCUCGCGCUCGAGCCCAUCGGCGAGGCGCGCAUCCACGUGGUGCAGCACGGUGAGGGCCCGGAUUGGACGCACGAGCGCCAGCAUGCCUUCGAGCGCGCUGGGUUCUCGCUGGACAGCGAGACGGGCCAGGUGGUCAGGGGCGCUGGCGGGGCGCCGCGCCAACUCGACGCCCAGCUGCGGCAAGUGCUGGGCAGCGAACGUCGGGAUGCAGACCCAGACUUCCCCGAGGUGUCCAGCCAGUUUUUGCGUGACUCCCAUUGGACCACGGUGAUGGCGGACCGAUGGGCGUUUGAGGACGAUACCCUUAGACUUGAGGCACGGGCGCUCGUGAAG